UGGUUGCCAGGCGCUGGGAGAGAGAAGUGCCACGACUCCAAGGCGCUGGAGCAAGCUCACUUCGUCCUGAGCAUCGGCAGGGAGAGAGACACAGACAGACAAGCAGCUGGGAAGGGAAAGGGAAAGGAAAGGAAAAGGGCUUGAAGGAUAUAAAACAAGGAAACAUCCCUCACACGGCCUGCAUUCGCAUUGAACACCCCUGGAUCCAAGGCUUAGAGGUUGGGCAGGAAAGCAAGGAUUGAAUGAAGAUGGACAUCUACGACCCACAGACGUUGGGCUUCAUGGUGUUCGGCGGUUUCAUGGUCAUCUCCGCCAUCGGGAUAUUCCUGGUCUCCACCUUCUCCAUGAAAGAAACCUCAUAUGAAGAGGCCUUGGCCAAGCAGAAACGGGAGCAGGAGAAAGCCCUGCAGGCCAGGUCAGAGAAGAAGAAGAAGGAGAAGUCUGUGGACAAGAAGGGAAAGGUGAAGAAACGUGAGGAGAAGGCCAAUGGGAGAAUCCCGGAGACUGAACCAGUGCCCGAUGUUUCUGAGGCCGAGGGAGAAGUGGAAGCUGUCAUUGUGCCGAGCGUGGAGACUCCCAUCCUGGCCGUCGCUGCCCCCGCUCCUCCUGCCCCUACCCCCGAGUCGUCUCCUCCCCCGGCCUCCAAAGAGAAGAGGAGGAAGGAGAAGAAGGUCGCUAAAGUGGAUCCAGCCCCCGGUUCGGUUCCAGCCCCGGCCACGGGAGUGGGCAUUGCCAGGCAGCCCCCCAUCGCCAGCCCCUUGCUGGAGCCAGUCAGCAGGGAGGUGCCUGUGAUGGCCGUUCCACCGGUGGGGUCCCAGCUGAGUACCCCACUAGCCGCCGCCCCUCCCACUCCGGGUGCCAAGAAGCCAGACGCCUCCGCCAGCCAAGAUGAGCCAAAGCAGGAAGGUCCGGCAAAGAAGAAGGUGGCACCCAAGAAAAAGUCCGAACCCGUAACAGUGGCAGCUGACUCCUUGGACAGCCCUCUCUACAUCCCCUUCAAGACUCUGCUGUCCACAAUGAGCAGCAUGGACUUCAGCGAGGGCGAGGUCCACCGACUCAUCGAGAUCCUGAUGGACAAGGCCGGCAUCGUGCAGGACACCUGGCACACGGCGACACAGAGAGGGGACCCAGUGACAGCCCUGAGGCGGCAGCUGGAGGAGAAGGAGAAGCAGCUGGUGGCUGAGCAGGAGGACGCGAGCGCUGCGAAGACCAAGCUUCGGGAGCUCAACAAGGAGCUGGCAGCGGAGAAGGUGCGGGCAGGUGCCGGUGAUGCCAAGCUGAGAGAGCAGCUGGCAGUGAGGGAGGAGGAGCUCAACGCCAUGCAGAGUCGCAUGCAGGCCAGCUACCAGGAGCACCUGUCUGAGAGCCAGCGGCAGCAGGCCAAGGUGCGGGCCCUACAGGAGCAGCUGGACAACGGGCCAACGGCACAGAUCGCACGGCUACAGCAGGAGAACUCAAUCUUGAGGGACGCCCUCAACCAAGCCACCAGCCAGAGCGAGAGCAAGCAGAAUGCAGAGCUGGCCAAGCUGCAGCAAGAUUGUUCCCGGCUGAGCAAGGAGCUGGGCCAGCAGAACGAGACCGUGCGGCAGGACGGGCAGCUGAGGGAGGCGCUGGAGGCCCGGGUCAGCACCUACCAGCAGGAGCUGGCUCAGCAACAGGGGAGCCAGCAGGAGACGGAGAGCACGCUGCAACGACGCCUGGACGAGGUGAGCGAGGAGCUGCGACGUUCCCAGGGCAGCUAUGCCGGCCUGCUGACAGACACGGAGAGAGCGAGGGAGGAGCAGCGCUCAGCUGUCAGCACCUGCGCCGAUCUUCAGGCUAAACUAACGGCAUCUGAGGCCGAGCUGAAGAGCAAAGCGGAGGAGGUGGAGGGGCUGGGCAGUCGGCUGUCGGAGGUCAGUGUGGAGAAAGGGCGGAUGGAGGAGAGGAUACGCUCAAUCGACGCCCUGCUCGAGGCCAGCCAGAGCAAGGAGACGGAGAGAGACCAGGUCCUGCAGGCCACCAAACAAGUGGAAGUUGAACAGCUGGAGAACAGGCUUAAGGAUAAAAAUGCCCAAAUUUCCAUCCUGGAACAGGAGAUGCUGCAGCUCAAAGAAACCGUUGAACACCAAAAGAAGAAGAACAACGAGCUCCGUGAGAAAAACUGGAAGGCCAUGGAGGCUUUGGCAUCAAUGGAAAAAUUAUACAGGGAGAAACUGGAUGCUGCUAAGCAAAUGAAGAUGGAGCAGACAGACCAGCAGUUGCAGGAGUCCCACACGCAAACCAUAGAGGUGCUGCUGGAGCUCUUCCCAGAGUUGUCCGUGUCCUCACCACAGCCCCACAGUGAGUGGCUGCAGGAGUUCAGGCAGAAGGCUAUGGAGUCUCUGAACCAAAGGUGCACAGAUCCCUCUGGUGCAGUACUGAAAUUAAGAGAAGCAGAAGAAGCCCAAAGCACUUUACAAGCAGACUGUGAGCAGUACAGGACGGUUCUGGCCGAGACGGAGGGAAUGCUGAGGAACCUGCAGAAAAGCGUGGAGGAGGAGGAGCUUGUGUGGAAAGCAAAGAUAGCAGAGUUGGAAGCACAGGUCCAGCAGGCACAAUCACAGGUUAAAACGUCAGAGGCCACAGUGGAGAAGCUGAAGCUAGAUUCCCAAACCAGCGAGCAGCUGAAGGAUUUGGUCAUUGUGCUGGAGGGUCAACUGAAGCAGCAGAUAGAGACGGUUCACACUCAGUGUCAGACCUACUCGGUGGAGGUGAAGGAGCUGAGCGACCUCCUAAUGGAGUCACAGAGCCAGCUGGAGGCAGCCAAUCGGGAUGUCCAGAAACACAGCGAGGAGCUCUCAUUGGUGCGGCAGCAGCUGUGCGACAUGGAGGUUCAUGUGCAUCACGGGGUGCCAGUCGAGAUGGCCGGUGGCGAGGCCCAGCAAGGAACUGCCGAGGUUAUGCUCCAGUUGGAAGAAACCGUGCUCAGCGAACAAGCACAGAGACAGAAGCUGGCCGAAGAAUUUGAAAAGGCCCAACGAUCUGCACUGGAACUGCAGGAAGAGCUGGAGAAGUUGCGGGCAGCGAGGAGCGGCGAUAGUGAGGACCUCCUUCAGCUAAAGGAAAGGCUUGACAAGGAAAAGAAAAUGACCAAGGAUUUGGGGCAGACUGCCAGCAAACUACAGCAAAUGCUGACGACCACCCAGGAACAACUGGACAAGGAGAAGGAGACCGUGCAGAGGCUGCUAGGUGCAGGAGAGGGAAAGGGAGAGGAAGAGGAAGGGCCAGUGUUGGUGGAGGACGGAUUAAAGGAGGGCACGUCAGUCUGAGCAAGGGCCGCCCACAGUAAACACUACUCAAUCUUGCCAGAUGCCUUAUAAUAAUUCUUAUGCCUUUCCUAAACCACCUGCUCAGUAUUGUACUGUAGUUAACCAAGGAGUUAGUGAGCCAAACACAAUUUUGAGAAAAGUUGCUGCCAUCAAUAAUGUUAUUGUUUAUUGAAAAAAGCUUUAUUUGAUUCCCCCCCCCCCCCCCCCCCCCCCCUUCAUUUCAAAACACAUUCCAUCAGACUUGGGCUGAUGUCCUGCGAUUGGGUCUGACUGUUCUGUUUACGUGAGAAGGGAACCGCAAUGUACUUCUGGGGAGUGUAUGUUGCAUCGUGCAAUCUAUUAUUGCCUGCCUUCUCUCUAGAAAACGGGGGAACGAACGGCAAAUCUCAGCCAAUGACCUGACUGGGUCUUUGAGGAAUUCUUUCCUUUUUAUUUCCAAAGUUGUCCAUCAAAUCAAUAAAACAUUGUAACCA